AUGUCUCCAACCCCUACAUGGCUUCAUCGCGAAAAAAUGAUUCAUGAGAAAGUGUUUGAUACUCUCUCUCGUCCAUUCUCACGUGCUGUCGACACUUCCGAUGACAGUAUGGGAAUGUUUUCUGGAAUCAAAGUGAAAUGGAACCAUUUCGGCAAGAAAUAUAGUCUCCGAAUCAGUGACUAUGAAAUGGAAUACACAGAUAUCUUCGAUGCUUUCAUGAAGAAAGUACAUGAAGUUCGUCCGGAUUUCGAGGGAGCUCUCGCAUACAUUGACCAAUACGGACGACAACAAAUAAUUAAUACUGAUCGAGAACUUCGUGAUGCUUUAAAUCAGACAAAAAACAAAUUGAAACUUCAUACGACUUUGGCUGAAGGAGCUGUUAUCUCAGCAGCUGAGAUCGCCGGAAGACCGUCCAGAUCUCAAUCUGUUCCACCUGAGAGAGCUUAUCAUUCGUAUCAUCAAGCUAACUCUCGUUCACCAUCUUCAAUGGAUUCUGCUCCUGCUACGUAUCGUAACAGAGCUAUAUCUCCUCCUCCUGUCAGCACACAUUCUACACAACCAGUUCAUGUUCGUACACCCACUUCAACUUAUUCUGGUUAUCAUCCUCAGCUCUCACCUGGUGCUCUGUCAUAUGCACCAUACUCUCAGAGCCUGCUCUAUGGCAUGCCACCACACAACGGAAUGCUACUGAGGUUCCUUGCCAACCCAUUCCCAUUUGGCAGUUAUCAUCGCACAUUUGUUGGCCCCAACAAAUAUCAUCAGUUCGGUGGAUGGGGUGGAGGACGUUAUUAUUCCAGUGGCUUCGGUCCAAUGUGGUAA